CGGUCCGCUCCACUACACUGAAGUAGGGAUGUCUACAGUGAAGAAGAAGGGGGGAGGGUACCACUUUGUCACAGGCUGCUAUGUAGAUUAACCUUUCAAUUAGUUGUUAUCAGGUCCCUCUCUGUCUCGGCGCGGGCUUUUAGCGUUCGAUUACAAAUCAAGUGCAACAGAAUCAAAUGGAUAUGUGGCGGUGUGUUUAUCCAUCGACGUUUCAAUCAUCAUACUAAUGAAGAGGAGUAGCAGAGGGAAAACUUAAAGAGAUCUACGUCUGGAAUAACAAUCAAGCCCCAGGUGAUGUAUGGUAACCAUUGUGGAAUUUACACGAGCCGCCUCUUUGUCAAGUUCAACGUGAGAUACCUGGAAUGUCACUGUGGUGGAACCUAAGCAGCUGAUCCCGGGUUUCGAACAUGUGGAUGUAUCAAAUGUUUUGCAGCAGAAAAGGGGGAUCUUUAUGGCUCGCCUAUUGGAGAUUCUAAUCACUCAACCAUGGUGAAACUCGCGAACCCUCUGUACACGGAGUGGAUUCUGGAGGCGAUACAGAAGAUAAAGAGGCAGAAGCAGAGGCCCUCGGAGGAGAGGAUCUGCCAUGCGUUGGCCACGUCGCACGGCCUGGACAAGCGCACCGUGCUCGAGCAGUUGGAAUUAAGCGUGCAGGAUGGCUCCGUCCUCAAAGUCACCAACAAGGGGAGCGCGUCGUACAAGGACCCCGGCCCCCCCGGGCCCCCCUGCCCCACGGGGCGUGCCGCGCCCCAGCCGCCCGAAGACCCUCCGACCCCUCCACCUCCGCCGCCGCCGCCCCCGCCCCCGCCACAGCCCAAAGGAUCUAUAUGGAAUUCUAGUGACCUGCGGCACAUCGAUUGGAAUAAAGUGAUUAGGAGGGCGCUCGAGGGCUUGGAUGAUACCCACGGCUCCUCGCUGAAGAGCAUCGAGAGGUACCUGAGGAACCAGGGCGACCUGGUGCCGGUCGCCGACAACCCUGCCUUCCAGCAGCGGUUGCGGCUGGCGGCCAAGAAGUCGGUCAACAACGGGCGUUUGCUGAAGAACGGCCCACGCUACAAGCUCACCCUCGGGACCGCCGAGGCCCGGGGUCUGAGGUUCGCGGGCGGCUCUCCGUUAGCGGUGUCGCCGUCGGUGACGCUGCUGCCGCACGAGAGAGACAAGCUCCGAGUGGACCCCAUACCCAUAUGCAGCUUCUGUCUGGGGACACGGGAGUCAAACCGGGACAAGCUGCCCGAGGAGCUGCUGUCCUGCGCCGACUGUGGCAGCAGUGGGCACCCGUCAUGUCUGAAGUUCUCCCCCGAGUUAACCGUGCAUGUGAAGAGAUUACGAUGGCAGUGUAUCGAAUGCAAAGCCUGCAGCACUUGUCAAGACCAGGGGAAGAACGCUGAUGAGAUGCUGUUCUGCGAUUCGUGUGAUCGGGGCUUUCAUAUGGAAUGCUGCAACCCGCCGCUUUCAACAAUGCCAAAAGGAACCUGGAUCUGCCAACUCUGCCGGCCAAAGGAAAACGGGAAGCACUUGCUGCAGAGGAAAGCUGAUGAAAUCAAACGACGAUAUGCAAGGCCAAUCGGAAGGCCUAGAAAUAAGCUCAAACAGAGAAUGUGUGUCCCCAGUGGCGACGGCUCCAUGAUAGCACUCGGAGGAAGGGGGACGCCUGGUAGGGGUCAAAAGAUUAGCCUCUGUUCCACACCCUCAUCUGGUCAUGCUGCAUCUGCCACGGACGGCAGAGGCACACUCGCCGUCGCAGAUCCCCGUUGGGCGGGCGACGCCCCCCAAUUCACCACCUCCACCCCCACCCCUCCUCCUCUCCCCACCACCACCACCACCACCACCACCACCACCUCUCCCCCCCUCACGCCCACCUCCACCAACCCGGCCGCGCUCGCCGUAAACAAGAAAACCAAAGGGCUUAUCGACGGGCUGUCGAGAUUCUUUACCCCCUCCCCCGUCGGCCGCCGGUCCCGCCCCCUGGCGACGGGCUCGCCCCCCCGGCCGCAGAGUCCCGAGGACGAGGGCCCGCCCAGCCCCCCGAGCCCCCCCGAGCCGCAGCAGUCGAUCGCCUUCGAAGGCGACGCGGACGACGCCGCCGGUCACAUGCUCCCCCCUUCCCCCGGCGCACUUUCUCCCCCGCCCCCGACCCUGCCCGGACUUAGCCCCCCCUCCCAGGUGUCCAGCAACUCCACCCUGGCCAGCUCCCCGCAGAGCUCGUCCAGCCAGUCUAGCGUCCCGUCCCUGAGCAGCCUCUGCCAUAGCCACCAGCUUAAGGGACUCUUCGACGGACUCUCGCACAUAUUCACCACUCAGGGACAGUCGCGGAAAAAGGGACUGGCGUGCUACGCGCCGCCCAAACGCAAUCACCCUAAGCCGGAGUUGUCCGCGCGCGGCCCCAAAACGUGUCCCCAGCGCCUGGGGAUGAAGGAGUUUGGCAAGGGUAGACUACUGUCUCACUCCUCGUCCCCGGGGCCCGGGCGGCCCCGGGGCCGGCCCUUUAAGCUGGUCAGUCAUUUCAAACGCAACCCCUUCCUUAAGAAGCACAGGACACUAGGCAGGCUGAGGUAUAGGGUGAGUCCCCCGAAGGCAGCGCCCUCACCAGGGAAGGGAGACUUGACAGACGGAAGAGUUAAGCCAGAGCACGACCAUGGCUUCGAGGACCAGCGGGAGGUGAAGGCAGAGGCGCAGCCCAGCGUGGUGGCCAUGUCGCGGGAGCACGUCACGGACGAAGACGUGGAGGUGUUCACGCGCGUGCUGGACCUGUCGACGCAGAGAACGGGGUCGAUGGUGAGCUCCGACUUGCCGCGCUACCCUUCCGUCAUCGAGUUCGGGAAGUACGAGAUUCAAACCUGGUACUCCUCACCGUACCCUCCUGAGUAUUCCAGACUGCAAAAGCUUUAUCUGUGCGAGUUCUGUCUGAAGUACAUGAGAAGCAAGAACAUUCUCCUGAGACACGCGAAGAAGUGUGGCUGGUUCCACCCGCCAGCCAACGAGAUCUACAGGAAAGAUGACCUCUCGGUGUUCGAGGUGGAUGGAAAUGUCAGCAAACUCUUCUGCCAAAACCUCUGCCUGCUGGCCAAGCUUUUCCUGGACCACAAGACUCUGUACUAUGAUGUGGAGCCCUUCCUCUUCUACAUCCUCACCCAGAACGACAACAAAGGCUGUCACCUGGUGGGCUACUUCUCCAAGGAAAAGCUUUGCCAGCAGAAGUACAACGUCUCCUGCAUAAUGAUUAUGCCUCAGUACCAAAGGCAAGGAUUUGGACGGUUCCUUAUCGAUUUCAGUUACCUCCUCACCCGGCAGGAGGGGCAGGCGGGCUCCCCGGAGAAGCCGCUGUCCGAUCUGGGUCGGCUGUCCUACCUGGCGUACUGGAGGAGCGUGGUGCUGGAGUACCUCCACGCGCAGCCCUGCCGCCGCGUGAGCGUGCGGGCCAUGAGCCGCGCCACGGGGAUGUGUCCGCACGACGUCGCCGCCACCCUCCAGCAGCUCCGCAUGGUCGACCGACAGGACGGCAGGAUCGUGCUGGUCAGGAGGGAGCGUCUGAUCCAGAGGCACGUGGACAGGAUGAGGUCCCACCCCCGGCUCAACCAGGUGGACCCCGAGGCCCUGCGGUGGACGCCGGUCUCCGCCCACAACGCCGCGCUGUCGGAGGAGGAGAGGGAAGCCGAGAUGGAUGCGGAGCGACUCGGGGAGCAGUCCAGCUGCUGGGAGAAGGAGGAGCGGGAGAGCCGGGCGCUGUCCCACGGCGCCCGCCCGGCCCCGCCCACCAAGGUCCACUGCAAGGUGCCCGUCCGGACCUACGAGCGCCGGCCCCCCGCGCCCUGGAGCCGGCCCCGCCUCCGCCGCCACGGGCCCGAGUACGGCAGUGAGGACGAGGAGGAGGACGACGACGACGAAGACGAGAACGAUCGCGACGAGGACGAGGACGAAGACGAGGACGAUGAGUCCUCGGAUGGCUCGCCGCCCGUCCUGACGAAGGCUCACGCCAUGCUGGCGGCCAAGAGAAAGAGGAGCAUGGAGGUGAGGAAGAGGGGGCGGAAGAGGAGACGGAUAAACAGCAGCGUCACCACGGAAACCAUCUCGGAGACCACCGAGGUGCUGAAGGAGCCCUUCGACUACUCUGAGGACGAGCGGCCCAUGCCCCUCCUGGAGCGCACGGGCAGGGGGGGCGAGGAGGAAGAGGAAGAGGAGGAUGACGAAGAGGAAGAGGAGGAGGAGGAGGAGGAACCAAGACCCGUAAUGCCGGUGAAACGCCACAGAGGCCGGCCGAGACUUGAGAAAAAUCUGCACAAAGAAAAGCGAGAGUGCUGGAAUGAAGGCUCCGACUCGCUUUCGGCGCGCGCCAACCGGCUGCGACCGGUGAAGCGCAAGAAGGGCUGGCCCAAGGGCGUCAAGAGGGGACCCCCCAAGUGGCGGCUGAAGAACGAGCGCAAGAUGGGCUUCAAGCUCAACCUCUACACCCCGCCCGAGACGCCGCUGGAGGGCGAGCCGCACCCCCCGCCGGCCGAGGAGCCCAAGGCGGAGCAGCACCACCUCCUGCUCCUCCCCUUCGCAGAGGAGCGCUGCAGGCCCAGCAGGAGCGCCGGCAGCCCCGGCCCGGCCCCCAGGAUCCGGAGGAGGCGGCGGCGGAGGAGGUUCUCGUCCGAGCCCCAGAGUCCGGCGGACAGCGUGGCGGACAGCCUCCCCGGCAGUCCCGCCGUCGGCGCCGACGACGACGAGGGAGACGAAGACGACUGCGGCGCUUCGCACAGGACCCUCUCCUCGCGGGAGGUGUCCCCCGUGGCCUCCCCCGCAACCUCCCCCACGCCCUCCCCAGCCUGCUCUCCCGCCCGGUCGCCGGAGGCCCUGUCUUUGGGCGGCGCCGCCGCUGCCCCGUCCCCCCUCCCCGUGCCGGCUGAGGACCGCCUGCAGGACAGCGAGCGAGAGCCGGACUCCCCCGCCCCCAGAGACCUGGACCCCAGCUCCCCUGCGGAGCGGACCAGCCUCAGUAGACAUGACGACCAGGAGGAGGAGGAAGAGGAGGAAGAGGAGGAAGAGGAGGAGGAGGAGGAGGAAGAAAAAGAGGAAGUGGAGGAGGAGCACAGGACACCCGUCGAGGAUGUGGACGCAGACGACGAGGACGACUGUCACAUUUUGAGCUCGGAGAUCGUGAAGGACAGGUCGGGGAGCCCCGAGCCGUUGGCACAGGAAGUACCCGACUGCACGCCGCUGUCCGUGUCCUCGGAACCGAAAGGGGACUCGGAGGAGACGGAGACGGUUUCCCCGGCGCGGCACAACGAAGAGCUGCCGCCCGUGCCCGCUGAGGAGAGCACGCAGGACGCGACGACGAGAGAGGCGCCCGUUUCAUCAGAGGCCGACGCCGCAGAGUCCGCGGCCGCAGCGUCGCUCGCCGACGCGGCGGUGGCGUGCGCCGCCGAAGCCGCAGCGGCGGUGGAGUCGGACCGCGGCGAGGAGUCCGAGUCCGAGGGCGAGAGCAGCCCCGGGCCCAGCCCGGCGUGUCCCGACCCCCUGCCCGCCCCUGCGCCGCCGGAGACGCCCCGGCCGGGACCGGACCCGUCCGCCUGCCCCGAGUUGGACUCUGAGACGGCGCAGGCGGUCCAGUCGCUGACCCGGGAGUCGGAGCGGGAGGGCGUGUUCCAGGACUGCGUCGAGACCCGGGAGGCGUGCCGCAGCAUCCAGGCCUACGGCCGCGUGGCCCCCAGCCCCCAGCUGACGUCCCUGGACGAGUGCCCCCAGUCGGACCACAGCAGCCCCCGGUCCGCGGCGCCCUCGCACCCCAGCCAGUCGGUGCGCUCCGUCAGCAGCCCCGCCGUGUCCCUGCUGGAGAGCGGCUACACCCAGAUCAGCCCCGACCACGGCGCCGUCUCGGUGCCCUCGCUGCACAACAUGGAGACCAGCCCCAUGAUGGACGUGCCGUCGGUGUCGGACCACUCCCAGCAGGUGGUGGACAGCGGCUUCAGCGACCUGGGCAGCAUCGAGAGCACCACGGAGAACUACGACAACCCCAGCAGCUACGACUCCGCCAUGGGGGGCAGCAUCUGCGGGGCGGGCCCCUCCCAGAACAGCUGCUCCUACGGGGGCAUGCCGGCCAGCGGGCUGUCGCAGAGCAGCUGCGCCGUCAGCCAGCAAAUGGCGGCGGCGGCCGGCCAGAUGAUCCAGGCCAACGCCCUGAGCUCGCCGCAGCACUGCAACGUCAAGUCCCCGCAGGGCUGCGUGGUGGCGGUGGAGCGGCCGCCCAGCAACAGCCAGCACAGCCAGCACAGCCAGCGCGCUCAACAGCAGCAGCAGCAGCAGCAGCACGCGCAGCUGGCCCAGCAGCUAGCGCAGCAGCACGCGCACGCCCGGCACGCCGCCGCCGCCGCGCACAAUCAGCUCAGCCAACACAAUCAGCACGGCCCGCACAAUCAGCUGGGCCAGCAUCCGCAACACAAUCCCCUGCACCACCAGCAGCAGCAGCAGCACGCGCUCCAACAACAACAACAACAACACCACCACCACCACCACCUCCACCAGCAGCAGCUCGCGCACCCCCACCACCACCACCACCACCACCACAACCACCCCCACCUGCAGCAGCACGGGGAGCACGCCCAGCACAAUCAGCACGGCCUGCACGGGCAGCAGCCGCCGCCGCCGCAGCAGGGCGCGGCGCAGUGCGGCGGCGUGCCCGCCAACUUCGCCGCCCCCAUGCAGCUGACGGACGUCCCCGAGUCGGGGGCGCCCAACCUGGCCCUCUACGAGCGCAUGAACCAGCAGGGGGAGUACGCCGGCGGGCACUACGCCCAGCCGUCGGGCAACGCCAGCCUGGCGCGGCUGCAGCAGCUCACCAACACGCUGAUGGAGCACCCGCUGCCCUUCGGCCACGCGCCCUCCCACGCCAUCGGCUCCUACGGCAACGGCCCCUCGCUCGGCUCCCAGCAUGCGGGCCUGGUGUCGCUGGCGCCGCCCUCGCAGCACCGCGUGCCCGGCAGCCCCCAGGUGCAGGCCACCAUGACCCCGCCCCCCAGCCUGGGCUCGCCGGCGUCGGCGUCGGCAUCGGCCAUGCUGCUGCAGCAGCAGCAACAGCAGCAGCAGCAGCAGCGCAGCAUGGGCGGUGCCUCCUCCAUCGCGCCCUCGCAGCGCAUCCACACACAGAUGGCCUCCAAGGGCCACCUGGCCAUGCGCGCCAAGUCGGCGCCGCUGUCCCACCCCCACCACCAGCUCCACCAACACCCCCACCACCCCCACACCCAGCAGCCGCAGCAGCAGCAGCAGCAGCAGCCGCAGACGCAGCAGAUGUACGCGCGGACGCCGCAGUCGGUCACCAUGCAGGCGCCGUCGCGGGCGCUGGGCUCCUUGCCGCGCGUCAACAUGAGCGUCAACAUCAUGCCGGCGCCCGCCUACAACGUCAACGCCAUCAACAUGCCGUCGCUGAACGCCAUGAACAGCUACGGCAUCAGCCAGCCCAUGAUCAACGGCGGCUACCACGGCAACCACGCCUACAUGAACCACCAGUCGUCCCAGUACUCCAUGCAGAUGGGCAUGAUGGGGACACAGACGUACCACGCGCAGCAGCCCAUGCAGGCGCCGCCGCACGGCAACAUGGUGUUCACGCACGCCGGUCACCACGGCUACAUGAACGCCGGCAUGGCCAAGCAGACGCUCAAAGGGCCGUUCGGACGGCGGUAACACACACUGACCCCCGGGGCGGGGCGAUGGCGUCGGGACGGCGGUUUUGGGACGCUCAGACACACAGACCGGGGCCUUUUUUUAUUUUUAGUACUUUUCUGCGGGGUCGGGGGGAAGGGAAAGGGUUCGAUGUCGUCGUCGUCGUUUUAAUUUUUCCAGUUAUUUUCUUUGCUAUCACUUAAAAACCAGCAGCACUUGGAAAGAAUGCAAAAAGUCUCAUCGAAGAGUAAUCUCUUAGCGAUACGUAUACUUUUUGUUUUUUCGUUUUGUUACUUUUCUUUGUUCCUCCAGAUGGGAAGCCUUACAUUAAGAUAAACAUCUAUUUAAUUAGCGUCGGUGUCUCGGAUGUCUCUCUAAGAGCAGGUCGGGUGGAGAGGCGGAGCUCCGUCUCCCAGGUGGUGUUUGCAGUUGUGUAGCAGCCUCCAGUGAAGCCAUUUAAUGUGCCUGCUACGAGUGGAGUCGGUGUGUCUGCCUGAACCUAGUCCGUGUACCUGUAUAACAGUGCUGACAAUUAGUUUGUACUAUACUCAUGCCUUUGUAUAUUUAAAUUAUUGUACUUAUUUUGUAAAGUGACAGCUAGCAUGCUUCGGUCUCUGUUAGUGACAGUGCAUUGAGUAGUACUGUACAGUACAAGUGUUGUGCUAAAUAGCAAACCAUUUAAAUAUAUCUGGCCUUUUAUUAGGUCUCCCUUCGCGGGAGGGAGUGGGGGGGGGGGCGGGAAGAUGAAACUAUAUUUUGUUAAUGCUAAUGUAAAAAAAAAUCAAAACAAAAAAAACGAUGUAAACUUAGUCCUGUUUUCCGUUUGGUUUGAGAGGUUUUAUUGCUAUGUAUGUAUAAUUCUGAAGUCUUUUUGUAACAGAUCUCCUUAAGGCAGCUUUCUGUUUUCUAAAGCAGACGGAUUUCUGUCGAAAUAACAAAGCAUAUCUCAGUGUUUGUACCCUGAUGAUUCUAAAACAUUUCAACUUGUCAAGGGAAGUGUGGCGGGAUUAAACAAAAAAACAUCUAAAUGAUUAUACCGAUGAAUAACAAUAAAGAAGAAUAUAAAUUUAGUCCAAAUAUUUUACAUAAUGCCUUUAAAGUUACAUUUUCAUUCCAUCUGUAGAUUUGUUUUCUAUCUUUAUAAAAUGUUGGAUUUAUAUUUUACCGAAGUCUAGAAGAUUAGAGCUUGUGAAUAGAGCAAACUAAGCUAACAGAUUGCAUGUAAAACGCAACUUGUACUUGUGUUUUUGUUUCUAUUGCUCUUUUGUAGCCUUUGUACCUGUACAGAGUUGCUGGUUGGUUAACGGGGAAAUACCUGGCUAUGUGCACAGUAAAUGGACAGAAUGACAUUCUUGUAUUUAUGACUUUUUCUCCUUUGUCAGUCACUCAAAUGCUGUACAUUUUAGCAUAAGAAUAAAUUAUAAUUGACCAUGAAUAUGAUGCCACUGCAGUUGAUUGAACACCCCAAAGUGGUUGAAGGAAUGUUGAGUUCUGUACUUGGGCAAGGCAUUUUGAAUAUUAUUUUUUUUUAAUUUCCUUUUUGGCAAUAGAUAAAAUAUUUUGGAGUAAUAAAGGCAAGCUUCAUGUCAA